AUGAGCGCCCCGUCCAUCCAACUAACAGCUCCAAACGGGGUAAAAUAUACCCAGCCUACGGGCCUCUUCAUCAACAACGAGUUUGUCAAGUCAAGAUCCGGAAAGACCAUCACGUCUCUCGACCCCGCUACUGAAAACGAAAUUGCUACCGUCCAGGCCGCUGGCCCUGAAGAUGUAGACGACGCUGUCAAGGCUGCCCAUGCGGCGCUGAAGCACCCCUCGUGGAAGCAGAUGCCUGUGUCCGACAGGGGCAAGUUGAUAAGCCGUCUUGCGGACCGGCUGGAAGCACAAAGGGAGUUGUUUGCUACGAUUGAAGCCUGGGAUAAUGGCAAAACGUAUGCCGAGGCUCUCAGUGUCGAUUUGGAGGAAGCCAUUGGCACAUUUCGCUACUAUUCUGGCUGGGCGGACAAGAUCUCGGGCCAAACCAUUCCCACCACUCACCAAAAGUUCGCCUAUACCAUCCGUCAACCCAUUGGAGUUGUCGGCCAAAUUAUUCCUUGGAAUUACCCGUUAUCGAUGGCUUCUUGGAAACUCGGGCCAGCCCUCGCGUGCGGAAACACCGUUAUUAUCAAGGCAGCCGAGCAGACUCCCCUUAGUAUUCUUGUUCUAGCCUCAUUGAUCAAGGAGGUCGGCUUCCCGGCCGGCGUUGUCAACGUCGUGAAUGGAUAUGGAAAGGAUGCAGGAGCGGCCAUAGUCGAGCAUCCUCUAGUGGACAAGGUCGCCUUCACCGGUUCUACAGCCACUGCCAGACACAUCAUGAAGAUGGCUUCCGCUACGCUCAAGAACAUUACUCUGGAGACGGGAGGAAAAUCGCCUCUCCUCGUCUUCGCAGAUAGUGACUUGGAGCAGGCUGUAAAAUGGUCUCACCUCGGAAUCAUGUCCAAUCAAGGCCAGAUAUGCACGGCCACGUCGCGCAUCCUGGUCGAGGACAGCGUCUAUGAUCAAUUCGUCGACCAAUUCGUCCAGCAGACCAAGACGGUCAGCAAGGUUGGCGACCAAUGGAGUCCUGAUACAUAUCAGGGCCCCCAAGUUUCCAAGCUGCAGUAUGAGCGAGUUCUCGAGUACGUUGAAGCCGGAAAGGCCGAGGGUGCGAGACUUGUGUGUGGUGGGAAGCCUCUCCAUGCUGACACCAAGGGAUUCUUCAUCGAACCUACCAUCUUCACCGAGGUCAAGGACAGCAUGCGAAUUUACCGUGAGGAGAUUUUUGGUCCCGUCGUGGUGAUUAGCCGGUUUAAUUCGGAGGAAGAGGCAAUUUCUCGAGCCAACGACUCCACCUACGGCCUCGGAGCUGCCGUCUUCACCAAAGAUCUUGAGCGUGCGCACCGGGUUGCAUCUGAGAUUGAGGCGGGUAUGGUUUGGGUAAAUAGCAGUAAUGACGGUGAUCCAAAGGUUCCUUUCGGAGGUGUCAAGCAGAGCGGCAUUGGGAGAGAGCUUGGUGAGGCUGGUUUGGAGGCCUACAGCCAGGUUAAAGCCGUCCACAUCAACAUGGGUAAUCGACUUUGA